ACUGCGCGGCCGCUCUCUGCCGUUACCGCUAUGUGUGGGGCGUGUGUGGAAUAACGUUAUUGCUCAGCGGAGCCGAGGGCCCCGGAGCCCGACUGCGACGACGACGACGACAAAGACGACGGGGUUGGGGGAGGACGGCGUGCUAGCGACUCACGGGACGCGACGCGCCCCGCCUCCCGGUCCGGUGCCUCUCCACGGCGAGGGGUACACUAGAGCCUGCUGAUGACCAAACAGGUGAAGAGAGUAGAUGGAAAAGAGAACAAAUUUUGCCUGAACUUUACUUCCAGCAUUUUUUGCCCAAAAGGCAUUCUGACACUUCAGAGAACAUGUUGGAUGACGUAGCUUUGCCAAAGACUAAGAAGCUAAGCAAAAAAUGAGCUUAACAUCCUGGUUUUUGGUGAGCAGUGGAGGCACUCGCCACAGGCUGCCACGAGAAAUGAUUUUUGUUGGGCGAGAUGACUGUGAACUCAUGCUGCAGUCUCGCAGUGUGGAUAAGCAGCAUGCUGUAAUCAAUUAUGACACCUCUACGGACGAACAUUUAGUGAAGGAUCUCGGCAGCCUAAAUGGGACUUUUGUGAAUGAUGUAAGGAUUCCAGAACAGACUUACAUCACUUUGAAACUUGAAGAUAAGCUGAGAUUUGGAUAUGAUACAAAUCUUUUCACUGUAGUACGGGGAGAAAUGAGGGUCCCUGAAGAGGCUCUGAAGCAUGAGAAGUUUACCAUCCAGCUUCAGUUGUCUCAAAAAUCUUCAGAAUCAGAAUUAUCAAAAUCUGCAAGUGCCAAAAGCAUGGACUCAAAGACUGUAGAUGCUGCUGCGGAAGUGCAGCAGAAAGCUGCAGAGGCCCUGAGAGCCGAGGAGAAGGCCCCGGAUGUUUCUGCUAUGCCCCGUGGUACUCCAUUAUAUGGGCAGCCGUCCUGGUGGGGCGAAGAUGAAGUGGACGAAAAAAGAGCUUUCAAGUCAAGUGGCAAGCUUGAAGAAAAGAGUCAUGAUCCUGGAGCAUCAGGGUGCAGCAUAGAUGCCAAGCAAGUUGAGGAACAGUCUGCAGCUGCAAAUGAAGAAGUACUUUUUCCUUUCUGUAGGGAACCAAGUUAUUUUGAAAUCCCUACAAAAGAAUUCCAGCAACCAUCACAAAUAACAGAGAGCACUAUUCAUGAAAUCCCAACAAAAGACACUCCAAGUUCCCAUACAACAGGUGCAGGGCAUGCUUCAUUUACUAUUGAAUUUGAUGACAGUACCCCAGGAAAGGUAACUAUUAGAGACCAUGUGACAAAAUUUACUUCUGAUCAGCGCCACAAGUCAAAGAAGUCUUCUCCUGGAACUCAAGACUUGCCGGGAAUUCAAACAGGAAUGAUGGCACCAGAAAACAAAGUAGCUGACUGGCUAGCACAAAACAACCCUCCUCAGAUGGUAUGGGAAAGAACAGAAGAGGAUUCUAAAAGUAUUAAAAGUGAUGUUCCAGUGUACUUGAAAAGGUUGAAAGGAAAUAAACAUGAUGAUGGCACACAGAGCGAUUCAGAGAAUGCUGGGGCGCACAGGCGCUGUAGCAAACGUGCAACUCUUGAGGAGCACUUACGGCGCCACCACUCAGAACAGAAAAAGCUGCAGAAGGCCCAGGCUACUGACAAGCAUCCAGACCAAGCUGUUACUAGCUCUGCACGUCACAGAGCGGGGCAUGGUGGUCCACAUGGGAAAUUGCUACAGCAGAAAUCAGAGGAGCCAUCGGUGUCAGCAGCCUCCCUACAGACUGCACUGCUGAGAAGUUCAGGGGGCCUUGGGCUCAGAGCAGGCCAGGAGACGGGUGAGGUGCUGACGAAUCAGGCUGCUUCUGCUCCUUUAGCAAAGGACAAUGACGACGACCAAAGCGACAAGGGCACUUACACCAUCGAGCUAGAAGAUCCCAACAGUGAUGAGGUGGAGGCCAGGAGAAUGAUUGACAAGGUGUUUGGCGUAGAUGACAAUCAGGAUUAUAAUAGGCCUGUUAUCAAUGAAAAGCAUAAAGAUCUGAUGAAAGAUUGGGCUCUCAGUUCUGCUGCCGUAGUAAUGGAAGAAAGAAAGCCACUGAGCACACCUGGAUUUCGCAGCUCAGAGGAAGUCCCGCCUUCUUCUGGAAGCAAACGUUGGGUUUCACAGUGGGCUAGUUUGGCUGCCAAUCAUACAAGGCAUGAUCAAGAUGAACGGAUAACAGAAUUAUCUGCAUCUGUUCCUUUAGAAAAUGAGACAGAUGUUGGUGAAUCUGGCGUGUCACUGAGAAAUACUAGCUCUACAACUUCUUUGGCUACUCAAGGAGAGAGAAGACGACGAACUCUUCCCCAGCUUCCAAAUGAAGAAAAGGUUCUUGAGAGCUCCAGAGCAAAGGUUGUAACACAGAGAUCAGAGAUAGGAGAGAAGCAAGACACAGAACUGCAAGAGAAAGAAACACCCACACAGGUAUACCAAAAAGAUAAACAGGAUGCUGACAGAACCCUGAAUAAAAUGAACAGAGGAGUAAAUGGUGAAAUUCUUAAAACUGGUGGAGAUAGUAAAGUCCUCCUUCACUUAGGCAGCUCUUCUGGGAAGGAGAAGAAUGAAACCGAUAAGGAAGCUUCUUUAAUAAAACAGACAUUAGCUAAAAUACAGCAGCAACAAGAACAGAAGGAGCAGGCCCAGUGGACACCUACUAAACUAUCUUCAAAAAGUGUUUCAGGUCAGAUAGAUAAAUGUAGGGAGGAAGUUUCUAAACCAGAAUCCCAAUCUCCAGAAAAAAUUCAAGGACAUUCUACAAGCAAAGGAGAAAGGGUAAUACAAAAUGAGAACAAGAGAAGAAAAGCUGAGGAAAUUCUGAAAAGUCAGCCUUCAAAGGGAGGAGACAAGAAGGAAUCCUCCAAGCCAUUAGUGCGACAAGGCAGCUUCACUAUAGAAAAACCUACCCCAAACAUACCCAUAGAACUUAUUCCUCAUAUAAAUAAACAGACAUCAUCUACAACCCCUUCCUUAGUAUUAACAUCUGCAAGUAGACUGCGAGACAGAAGUGACUCUUUGGAUACUGAUUCUAGUAUGGACACAACCCUUAUUCUAAAAGACACAGAAGCAGUAAUGGCUUUUCUAGAAGCUAAACUGCGUGAAGAUAAUAAAACUGAUGAAGGCCCAGAUACUCCCAGUUACAAUAGAGACAAUUCUAUUUCCCCAGAGUCUGAUGUGGAUACAGCUAGUACAAUCAGUCUGGUUACUGGAGAGACUGAGAGAAAGUCCACCCAAAAGCGAAAGAGUUUCACUAGCCUCUACAAAGAUAGGUGUUCCACAAGUUCUCCUUCCAAAGAUGUGACAAAAUCUUCAUCUUCAGGUGCUAGGGAGAAAAUUGAAAAGAAAACAAAAAGCCGUUCCACAGAUAUAGGUUCAAGAGCAGAUGGUCGGAAAUUUGUACAAUCCAGUGGAAGAAUAAGGCAGCCUUCAGUAGACUUGACAGAUGACGACCAAACUUCCAGUGUACCUCAUUCUGCUAUUUCUGACAUCAUGUCAUCUGACCAGGAAACAUACUCUUGCAAAUCUCAUGGAAGGACUCCACUAACCUCCACUGACGAGCAUGUGCAUUCCAAACUGGAAGGAGGCAAAGGAACAAAAUCUAAGUCUUCUCCAGUAGCUCCUGGUUCAUCCAAUAAAUCAACCACUCUUCCAAGGCCUCGACCUACUAGGACUUCCCUCUUGCGCAGAGCACGACUUGGUGAAGCUUCAGACAGUGAACUUGCUGAUGCUGACAAGGCAUCUGUUGCUUCUGAAGUUUCCACCACAAGUUCCACAUCAAAACCACCCACAGGGAGGCGGAACAUCUCUAGGAUUGAUUUAUUGGCUCAGCCUCGUAGGACGAGGCUUGGCUCAUUGUCUGCCCGUAGUGACUCUGAAGCAACAAUAUCUAGAAGUAGUGCCUCUUCACGUACCGCAGAAGCCAUCAUUAGAAGUGGAGCCAGAUUAGUGCCAUCUGAUAAAUUUUCUCCUAGAAUUAGAGCUAACAGUAUUUCUCGACUGUCAGACUCCAAGGUCAAAAGUAUGAGCUCAACUCAUGGCUCCUCUUCAG